ACUCGACCCUGACUGCGCGUCUGCUAGUACCACAGUAUAUAUAAAAAACUAGAGCUAGUGUUUGCAAACGUCACAGGCGGUGCUACUGAAUACCGAUGCCCUGUUCUGCUAGAAAGACGGCGCUGAAGUAAUACUCAUCACAUCAGAGAAGUGUGUCGGUGCUGGUGGACUCGCCCAGAUUGGGCGGAGCUGCUCUGUACAAGCUAAAGCAGACAGUAUCACUACCAUAACAUAGGCACAGCAACGGUGACAUUAUAUCGGCUAUUAAUAACCGAGCUCUGAAAGACACUGUUCUUUUUGAAAAUGCACUUUUUGGAUAUAAUGCUUUCAACACAUGCAGUUUUAUAACUAAAAUAAAAGACGUUCGCUACUUUGGAUUGGAACAGAAGGGAGACGGGAAAAAGCGCCCUAAGUGCGUCUAGUAGUACGUAGGCAACAUUUUCGGCAUCAUUUCACCACUGCUGGAAAGCAUCCUUCUGCUCUUAAACGGGAUCCCCUGGAUUCGAUCUCGCCCCUUUUUGAAUAACCCUCAUGCGGAUGAAGGCCCUUGUGCAGAAUCAAAGAGAGACCUCUUCACUUCGGAUAAGGGCUGUUCAUUCAUUCCUCUCAGGGCAACCACAUGCUGGUGCAACACUGAAGGUCUAACUCGUAAUUAAUAAAGCAUACAAAGGGAUUAAGGGUCUAGACUGUUUCACAGACUCCAUGGCCUACACACUGAGCCCUGCCCCAGGGGGGCCUCUCGGGACCACGUGCUGUGUGACCAAGGUGGAGCUCUCCGUGAGCGGGCAGAAUCUACUCGACAGAGACGUCACCUCCAAGUCAGACCCCUUCUGUGUUUUGUUUCUGGAAGUUAACGGAAAGUGGAAAGAGAUCGGCAGGACGGAAACAGCUAUAAAUAACCUGAACCCUGUUUUUGGGGUGAAGUUUGUGAUCGACUAUCACUUUGAGGAAAUACAGAAGAUGAAGUUCGCCUUGUUUGACCAGGACAAGCCAAGCUUGCAGCUGUAUGAACAUGACUUUCUGGGCGAAUUCACCUGCAAUUUAGGAGUGAUCGUUUCCAGCAAGAAACUGACAAGACCGCUGGUGCUGGGAAACGGAAAGCCUGCUGGAAAGGGAACGAUAAUGAUAGCUGCCCAAGAAUUAUCAGAUAACAGAAUAAUAUCACUGAGCAUGGCAGGCAGAAAGCUAGAUAAGAAGGAUUUCUUCGGGAAAUCAGAUCCAUAUUUGGAAUUUCACAAGCAAGGGGAUGAUGGGAAGUGGAUGCUGGUGCACAGAACAGAGGUUAUAAAGAACACGCUGGAUCCCGUGUGGAAACCUUUCAGCAUGCCUCUGAUUUCACUGUGCGGCGGAGAUGUUGACCAAACUAUAAAGAUAAUGUGCUAUGAUUAUGACAACGAUGGAGGCCAUGACUUUAUUGGGGAGUUUACGUCGACGGUGUCAAAGAUGUGUGAAGCACAGAACACAACGGAGAUAGAGUUUGAAUGCAUUAACCCAAAGAAACAAAAGAAGAAAAAGAGCUAUAAAAAUUCUGGAAUUAUCAUUCUGAAAUCAUGUAAGAUUGCAAGAGACUACUCGUUUUUGGAUUACAUUCUCGGUGGCUGUCAACUAAUGUUUACUGUUGGCAUCGACUUCACAGCCUCCAAUGGAAACCCACAGGAUCCCUCCUCAUUGCAUCAUAUCAACCCCAUGGGGACAAACGAGUACCUGGCAGCGAUAUGGGCAGUGGGGCAGAUCAUCCAAGACUAUGACACAGACAAAAUGUUUCCUGCGCUGGGGUUCGGUGCCCAGCUCCCCCCGGACUGGAAGGUAUCGCAUGAAUUUGCCAUUAACUUCAAUCCCACAAACCCCUUUUGUUCAGGUGUGGAAGGGAUAGCCCAGGCGUACUCAGCAUGUCUGCCUCACAUACGGUUUUACGGACCGACAAACUUCUCUCCGAUAAUCAACCACGUCGCCCGCUUUGCGUCGCAGGCAGUGCAACAGGAAGUAGCUGCACAAUAUUUUACCCUGCUGAUCAUCACAGACGGCGUGAUCAGCGAUAUGGACGAGACGCGCCACGCCAUCGUGCAGGCCUCCAAGCUGCCCAUGUCCGUCAUCAUCGUGGGCGUGGGGAACGCAGACUUCACCGCCAUGGAGUUCCUGGACGGAGACAAUCAGAUCCUGAGGUCCUAUACCGGCGAGGAGGCAGCGCGGGACAUUGUACAGUUCGUACCUUUCAGAGAGUUCAGAAACGCACCAAAAGAAACUUUGGCCAGAUCCGUUCUGGCAGAGCUACCCCAGCAGGUUUCUCAGUACUUCAAGCAGAAGAACCUGUCGCCAAGCAGCUCCGACCCCGAAUAGAGACACACGCCAAUCAACUCAUCUUGCAUGUGCCAAAACCCUAGCACUGUUUACAAAAAAGAAACUGCAUGAACGUGUUUUUAUUCGCUAUGUCUGAUGUCCUAAUCAGCGUCCGAGUCUUUAAGAAAGAGGAGAACUCCCUCGUUUCUCCGGAAGAAACUGCGGAACACUAACUGGGAGUGGCAGAGGGAGCAGUCGCUCGAAGGGGGUGGGGGGAAUACUGAAUGUACCUAUGAUCUUCUGUAAUAUUUUUUAAAUAUUUGAAUGUCAAUAUCUUAAGUAGAGUUAUAUACAUAUGAGCCUGUCUUGGUUAGUGACUUGUUAACUGUCAAGUUCUACAUGUUGUCUAUUUUAUACUGUUUACUUAGUGUUAUCUUUGUUAUACUCAGGUUUCAAAACCAGUCAAUAAACACACUUUU